CAAUUUCAGAAAGGAGGUCGCUCUGCCCCACCCUGGCUGUCCAAAACCCUAACGUGGAAACGACUCCAAUUUAGCACUCCAGAAUAUCGAAGGAAGAAACUAACGACACGAACUUGAAGGUGAUAUGAGCGAUUUCCCUUACGCGAUUGUAUCCUUAUUGGUAUUCGAAUUCUCUUCUUGAAGGGAAAUUAGUUCGAGAUAUUUGAGAAUGAGCAUCGUUCCGAAAGAAGCAAUCGAAGUGAUUGCACAGAGUAUAGGCAUCUCCAACUUAUCUCCAGAUGUUUUGCCUGCUCUUGCUGCCGAUGUGGAGUACCGCAUUCGCGAAAUCAUGCAGGAAGCAAUCAAGUCCAUGCGGCAUUCACGAAGAACUACUUUAACGACAGAAGACGUGGAUAGCGCGCUUGGAUUUAGAAACAUCGAGCCAAUAUAUGGAUUUGCAUCUAAGAAUCCACUGCGAUUCACUAGGGCUGCAGGUCACAGGAAUUUGUUCUAUAUUGAAGAAAAGGAUGUGGAAUUCAAGGAGGUGAUUGAAGCACCUCUACCUAAGGCCCCAUUAGACACAGCGGUGGUUGCACACUGGCUAGCUAUUGAAGGAGUUCAGCCUGCUAUUCCAGAAAAUCCUCCACCUGAAGCUCUUCAGACAUUUUCAAUACCUUCUGAUACCAGGAAGGCUGAAUUUAAAGAUGAUGGAGUGCCGGUUGACAUUAAGUUUCCGAUUAAGCACGUGCUUUCGAAGGAGCUUCAGCUUUACUUUCAUAAGAUCACUGACCUGGCUGUUAAGAGACCAGACUCCCCAUUGUUUAAACAAGCAUUACUGAGCUUGGGAACUGACUCAGGAAUUCAUCCAUUGCUCCCCUACUUCACAUUUUUUAUUGCGGAGGAGGUUUCUAAAAACUUGAGUAAUUUUACCGUCCUCUUUGCUUUGAUGCGUGUUGUUUGGAGCCUUCUUCGAAAUCUGCACAUACAUGUUGAGCCAUAUCUGCACCAAUUGAUGCCCUCAAUUAUGACGUGCUUGGUGGCCAAACGAUUGGGAAACAAAUUCUCUGACAAUCACUGGAAUCUAAGAAACUUCACUGCAAAGCUGCUUGCUUCAGUAUGCAAGAGGUUUGGCCAUGUUUACCAUAAUCUCCAGCCGCGUGUGACCAGGACAUUGCUACACGCUUUCUUGGACCCAUCAAAAGCCCUUCCGCAACAUUAUGGUGCUAUUCAAGGGCUAGCAGCCCUUGGUCCUAAUGUGAUUCGAUUGCUUGUGCUGCCCAACCUCGAGGCUUAUUUGCGACUUCUGGAGCCAGAAAUGCAGUUGGAGAACCAAAAGAAUGAAGCAAAGAGGCAUGAAGCCUGGCUUGUCUACGGGGCAUUAAUGAGUGCGGCUGGCCUCUGCUUGUAUGACAGGUUAAAGAUUAUACCUUCUCUAACGUCGCCCCCAGCACGAUCCAUCUUGAAAUGCAACAAUAAAGUGAUGACCACAGGUUCAAAUAAGCGCAAGGCAAGCAUGGAUAACGCGGGUCACCAACCAGCGGCAAAGAAACUAGCCACAGAGACUUCAGGCUUGAUGGGGCUCCCUGCGGAAAUGGCAAUGGCAAUGGCAGGCACGAGCAGCGGAUAUCCUGCUGCGAACAUGGACAAUAACUCUACGAUGCAACAUUCGAGGCCUGUAAUGAAUAACAACAUGGUGGGGAGAAAAGAAAUGAUUGUUGGGGGUCAAGUGUUGAAGAGUACUACAGCGGCAUCUCUUGGUCGGAUGUGGAAGAAGGAUGCUGAUGCCGAUGGCGGAAAUGGAAAUUUUCUGCGCCAGUUGUAUGAAUAUUUUGGUGAGAGCAUGUUGUCGUUUGUACCAUCUCCGGAGUUAUAUAUGUUCUUAUGAUCGAAAGAGAGGAGCAGCCCUGAGCAUAGAUUUGUCGUUAUUGCUGUUGUGGUGCCCCAAAAAAUGGAUAAAUUAGUUACCAUGUAUAUAUUUGGGUGGGUGGAUACAUUGUGUAUAAGAGCCUUGCUAGACGUUACAGGGGUGGUUGGAUCGUUUGUACUAUGGUGCUAUCCUCAACAUAUAUGCUCAUGCUGGAGGAAGAACGACUGUUGUUAGGUUCACAUAUUGGAGGCUUGAGGUUCCUGCCGGUAUGUAUUUCGAGGGACUAGUGUAUCCCUUUCGAUGUGACGAAGAUGUUUUCAGAUGUUCAAAGUAAACUACGGGAAAUAUAUUAUUUCUAUGUACGCCGUGUACAAAAUGCGUCGUUAGGGCCUCAACAUACGCCAAUUUAAAAAAUGAUGUUCCUCGGCCUAAGAGUAGCAGUAGGCCGCGACACGCUUCUGAACAGCCCAACACCGUUCCCUUAUAGACCGAAAACAUAUAUUAUCCAGUAUGAAAGCGUUAACUUUUGUUAUUUUAUUAUCAUUCAUCGGAACAUAACAACACUCCAAAUUGUGGGAAAUCUGUAUAAUCUUUGUAAGGUUGGGUGGAAGUUGAUGCCUCGGGUCACAUCACACCUAUGUCAUAGGCUUUGCAAGAUCCAUGCCUGGUACCUCGGGCAUAGUGGAUAGACGCAGACCAUUGCGACGUUAACCGUUAUCAUCCCGAUUAGGUUCUCAGUCACACCACUAUGGUGUCGAGGAUCUUCAGGUGGUGGGUCUAGUCAUGGUCCACGUUUAUAGAUUAUCACCGAUUGAGUUUGUGGUUUUAUAGAAUGUGGAGUUUGGAUGGAUGUAAGGUUAAUUAUUGUGAUGAUGAAAUUGGUUUAUGGUUUGA